AUGGACAAGAAGUUUGAGGCACUGACUGUGGAGGAAAAAAUGAUCAGCAAACCGAAAGACUCUAGAGAUGUUCAUGAGCUGACAAUAUCAAAAGAGGAAUUUGAAAAGAAGGAGAAAAACAAUGAAGCAAUAUACAGUGGAUUUAUCCGGAACAGAAAGCAAUGUGACAACUCUCACAUCCCUGUGGAGGAUGAGAUCAUCCGGCGACUAGUCCUGGAGGAAAACAAGCGUGAGAGUUUCACAGCUGUAGUGAUCCAACUAAUAAACCCAUCACACAUUCCAUACCUCAAACACAAGAUGACGGAGUGGACACGCCAGCUAUCUCACAUCUACCACUAUUAUCUACAUGGACCCGAUGGUAAUGUAAAUGACGAGAACCUGACAAGCAAGCAGAACAACCCAUUCAAGAACAUAGAUAUCGAGGUGAGCCUGUACACAAGGGGUGGGCCCCAGCCCAAGGUGGUGAAUCUGCGAGAUAUCGAUGACGACAUGCAAUCCAUGUUCCUACACACAGCUUCCAGCAGUUUUGAGUUCAAGGCUCUCGUAGAUGGGACAAAUGUUGUGGAGGGUGUCCUUCGAUACCACCCGUUCCUGUAUGAUAGAGAGACCUUCCCUUCAGAGGCUUAUGAUCCACGAAUGGACCCCGAGCCAGAAGAUGAUCAUGACUACGCCAUCAAUGACAGACCAGCCAGGGGUAGAAGACCGAUAUUUGAGUGCUACUGGAAUGGACGACUUAUCCCAUACACCCUCAUUGAGGAUUUUGAGUGGUGCUCCCCUCCCAAGAAGCCCAAGGCUAUUCCAUCAGAUUGUUACAACAGAGUGUCAGGUGUCCUCUGGACCAACGACAGCUUCCAGGUGAGCACCAACAAGCUGACGUUCUUGGAUAUGGAGAUGAAGCUGCGAGACAAGGCCACCAGCUUCAGCCGGAUACACAGCGGCCAUGAAAAGAGAACAUCAAUCGAGAAGGAGUUUGUGUCGUGGCUAAAGGAGUGUCAUGACAAGCAUGACAAACAGAUCCUCUUCGGCAGUUUCCGGGGUACCAUCACCCGGACAGACCUCCCAAAACACAAGCAGUCCCCGUGGGCAGUGUACGACCAGGUGGAGUGGGAUGGGAGACUGUACAAGAAGGGAUCUCUGGUGAAGAUCAUGCGCACGCUGCCGCCCAUGAUGGGGACAAUCAAGUGUUUCAUGUUGUACGGAGACCACGAUGGAGAAGUAUACUCCACUGGGGGUGACCUCGAGAUCAUACAGGAACCCAGAGCACUUUAUGACGACACCAAGAUCAUACCUCUGUCCCGCCUUGACCGUACAGCCUCCCACCAUGUGGUCAAGAAGUUUAUUGAAGAUGAAGAGGCCAAACUCCCUGAUAGCCUGAUUGUCAGUUGGCCAGAAGGAAAUGAAGUGAAACAGAAUGGCCGUCGUCCUGCAGGAGAGACUGUUGGUGAUGUGAAGGUGGAGAUAUGUAACAAGAGGGGCGAAAUGAUCAGCAAGCUACCUGGGACAGCUGCCACAUCCAAGAAGCUGCUGGUUGAGCUGAAGAUCAUCUGGCAUUCUCCUGAUGGUGAUGAGGUGAUUGUGUCUCACAUUAGUCAGCAUGGCAAGAACUGGCCGUACUGGUUCAGGAAGAUGGAGAAUGUGAAGAAUCUUGGUCCCCACACACUACAACUGCAGACAGUCCUCAAUGAAAGUGGAGCCACAAUAUUUGCAGGGAAGGAGCUUCCUUCGUACAAGAUCCGCUUCACUGUCACAGAGGCAGAACCAGAGCGGUUCACAGUGGGCCUGCUAGAUGGCCCGUUCAAGGUGGGCGUGCCCUUCCAGAUACCACUGGAGUUCCAGGACAAAUACAACCACCCAGCCAAGCCUCCUUCCAAACUCAAGCCAGACUUCACUGCUGCAGGCCUUGAGUUGUCCUACUGUGAUGCUCACAUCAAGGGAAACAGCAUCAUCAUCCGUGGUGUGGAGGCCAGGGGUACCGUGGCAACCAGUGCUGGCAAGAACUUCAGUCUAACAGUGAAGAUCCCAGGACUGGAGGAAGAUUCACAGUCUUUAAAGAUCCGGCUGUUGCCAGGUCUCCCUAGUUCCCUAGUUGUCACACCUGAGGAUAUGCUGGAGAUUGAGAAUGGCAACCCGGUGUCCUUCGGUGUUGUAGUCCAAGAUGUCGCCAAUAAUGUCACAUCUGAAGGGAAACAGAUCAUAACAUGCAAGUUUUCUGGUGCAUCUGGCCUGCCAACAUACACGGCUGACUGCAGCAACAGCAGCAGCUGCACCCUGACUGGCGACGCCCUUACAUUGAAGAAGCUUCUCAAGGAGCAGAUCAUCACAGCCAAGAUAGACAUUCAGGGCAUGAAGAAUGUUCCGACAGUGGAGAGGAAAAUCCUUGUGAAGCCUAGUUUUCGUGUGACCAGCUUCAACUUGACCUAUGGUUCUGAGGUCAACAGCAAAGUAACCAGGGUCGUCAUACCUAGUUCAGGGGAGAUAAAUGGUAUUGCCGGACAGCCAAUCAAAGAUAUCUGUUUCAAGCUGUUCGAUGAGGGGGGACGUGAAUGUACAAUCGAUGACCAGCUUGCAAGUAAGAUCAAGGUCAACUGGGUACCGAAGGUGUCGAAGGAGAUGAUUCUUCAGGGGAGGCUGCCAGACAUCAAGAUCCCCAACUCUGUGAGCGAGUCCAAGUACUGUCACGUCAACCUGCUGCAGGGGCCUGGGGUAGAGUUCACCUUCACAGUCAGGUGUGUACCAGGACCCCCUUCACAGCUCAAGUGUGUGUGUAAGGGUACCAAAGCUCUCCAGGUUGGUCAAGAGCUGGAAGAACCAGUCUGGGUUACUAUCAAGGACAAACAUGGAAACACCAUCAAUGAUCUUCCCCCAUCCACAGCUCGUGAGAUCAAGGUUACUGGGCCUUUGUUGAACUCUGACAGUGUCCGAGUGUCAAAGCAGGAGAAAAACUUUGUAGUUCAUGGAGUCAAGUUUGACAAGGCUGGGGUGGGAACAAAGGAGCUAGAGGUCACCUGGAACAGCCUCAAGGACUAUGUGCGUCUCGAGGUCGCUGCUGGACCCCCAUCCCAGCUGGAGCUGGUUGGCUGGAAGCUGGAGCAGGCUGUUGCUGUGUACAAUGAGAACAAGCUGCCCCAUCCUCUCAAAAUCCAGCUUUUGGAUGAGGCAGGGAAUCCAUCGAAAACAGCAGAUGUGAAAAUACAGAUUGCUAAGGAUCCUAAAAUAAAGCUAAUACCAGCGCCACAGCCUCUAAAGACAAAUGCUCAGGGUAUUGCUGAUUUUGGGCAGCUGUCAGUCAGUGGCACAAGAGGAGUGUAUGACAUUCAACCAAAAGCAUUCUACAACAAGUCUGUGAUAUCAGGACCAAAAAUAAAGUUGAAUGUGCAGUCCGAUCCCACGCGGCCUGUGGAGCUGCAGGUGGACUACAGCAAGAAUGCCGCCUUCGUAGCAGGAGACAUCUUCCCAGAGUUCUCAGUGAAGGUCAUGGCUGAAGAUGACAGUGUAAUGACGACUGCUAACCCGACACAUCUCAGCAUGAAGUUGUGGAAGAGUGACUCAGCCAAUCAGAAUCUGCCUCCCUCCAGGACCGCUACCUCCAUGAGUCCCGACACCCCACUGAAGUCAGACAAGGGAGUGUUUCAUUUCAGGAAGAGAAGCGUGCCCGAGCAAGCAGGGUCCUAUAACGUGAUGUUUGUGUUCUUUGAUGGGAAGCAUGAGCUGUACAGCACAGUGAUCUCCAUCAACGUGAUGCCUGGGCAGCCAGAGGAGAUGUCUCCCCAAGAUUCCCCGGGUACACCUACUGUAUCCAACACACGGAAUGCCGCCUCACGCUGCCUCAUCAGACAUCUGAAGCUCUCGCUGAAGGACAAGUUUGGCAACCACAUGGGUGAGAAGUACCAUGGCCGACUGACGCUGGAAAUUACAGCACCUGAGGGAGUCACAGAGAUACCCUGCUUCGUAGGCGGCACCAAGUCCCUGGAUAUGUCCAUGGUGAACGGACAGGUGCACCUUCAGAACCUGAUGUUACAAGAGAACACGCCUGGCAAAGAUGGACUGGAGUAUGUCCUGAAGUGCCACAUAUCAUGUGACAUCAUCCCCAGAAACAGGUCCAUUCCACAUUAUGAAAUACCAUUCCUCUUCUAUAACGAUGCAAAGAAGCAGUCACAGAUGGCAGCGCUGUCGAAGGAGCGGGACAACCUGCAGUCCACCAUCAGAGCCUACAAGUCAAUGUUCGAGACCCAGCAGCAACUUGUUAGUGAACUCCGAAUCUCCGUUGUUGAAGCUACAAGGGAGGAACAGAACAUUCGAGGGGAACUCCGCAAACAGAACAUUCCUCCAUCCCAGCUUCAAGAUAUCAGUGUGGUAGACAAACUUGUGGCAGCCCGUGUUAAGGAGAGAGAACAUCUGCUGAAAGUACCCAGGCGGCUCUGUGGCCUGCCCCCAGCACCCAAGGACCAUGAAGUCUUAGGAAAAAUAGCACAUCUGGGUCGGGUUGAAGAUAACGACAUUGCACGUGUCAUGUCGUGGCAUAUGUCAGCUGACAUGGACUGUGUCGUCACUCUGUCCACAAAGAAGGCCAAGGAAAUCUACCACCAGACCAAUGGGAAGCAGCAGGUUCUUCCCCUCGACUCCAUCUACCGGAAGAAUCUGCCGGACUGGGGCAAGCCCCUGCCCCACACGAGGUUCCGCCCCAGCUGGAAUCCGCCCGGUAACCCAGUGUAUGCCCGAGACAUGCUGCUGUUUCCCCAGGAUCAGGAAAACUGCAGAAUAGUGUUCGGCAUGCUGCUAGGGGACACACUGAUCCUGGACACACUGGACCAUGCCAACUCUUACAGACAGGAGAUCAUCAAACACACACACUGCCCGACCAUCUUGACCCGCAAUGGAGACAGAAUCCGCAGCAAUGGCAAAUUUGGAGGCACAAUGAACAAAGCCCUGCCCGUGGAAAAGCUGCGAGGGGCUGUGUUCAGUGAACCUCUGCCUAUGGCUUACCAUGCAUUAUGUACCCAGAUAGAUACUCUGCAGAGUUAUAAGGGGGCACUGGAGAGGCAGAGCAAGGCCAAGGUCGACCUGCAGGAACAAAUAGAAUGCCAGAAACUACCAGAGAUGGUGAACAAGUACACAGAGUGCCAGGACGCUCAGAGGCAGCUCAAGGAAAUAGAGCACAAGCUUGGUGUGGGACUACAGCCUCGACAACGACCUAGCAGCAACACAGAUCCCCGUCUCAAGAACAGUAACACCACAGAAACACCGUCCAAGCGCCAGAGAACAUUGUCUGGAUCGUCCUCAACAACAACAGUUUCCAACAGCCACCAGAACGGAGAGGUGACAACGCCCACACGAGCCAGCAAGAGGAUUGCCUCGAUGACAACAGUGGUGUCGGAUGAUGGUCGGAAGAAGUUGCGUAAAACAUGAUAGUAAUGUGGUUUAUUCCUCUGUGCCUUCUUGACUGUGUUGUGAUGGCAUCCUGAUGGUCUGGCUUUCGACCUUGGGUGUACUUUCUUUCUUCUCAACAUUUAAUGUGGACUUGGUGGGUAAGCCAGUUGAAGUGGCGAGGUGUAAGGGGAGUAACUCUCUCUCCUAUGGAUGUAUACAGUGCGGCAAAUUAAGUAUUCAUGUUAUAAGGCCUUGGUGAGGGUUGUCAAACAGUUGAAGGGAAUGACAUGAUGAAUAUUGUAUCAGAUUAAACUUCUAUUUUCCAGAGAGUUAACUGUUUCAUCAGUUUGCUCAGUGUGACAUGUCAGGGUUCGGUCAGCUGAACAGUUGUUUGUUGACAUAGGUUUAAAAGAUAUUCUUAAAAUGGCACAUUAAUGGUGUAAAGAUGAGUAUUUGCUCUAAUAGUACCUAUGUAGUUGUUCGUGAAUCAUGCCGUUCGAAUGUCCAGUUUGUUUUGAUGUAAUGAGUUUGUAGGUCAAGGUGAAGAUGUUCAAGUGAAUACAAACUGCAAUAAGUACAAGUCUGUGAAAUAUACAUGUAUGUGGAAAGAAUAUUUUCAUAUUCAUUGCUAGUCAUGACAAACCAUGAACCGUGUCAUCUCUUGGUGUUCAUUUCCAAUGAGACAAAUUGUUGUCAUGCUCCUGUGACACAAGCCACACAAUAAUAUACAUCUGCAUCUUCACAGGUUGUCAUGCUCCUGUGACACAAGCCACACAAUAAUAUACAUCUGCAGCUUCACAGGUUGUCAUGCUCCUGUGACACAAGCCACACAAUAAUAUACAUCUGCAGCUUCACGGGUUGUCAUGCUCCUGUGACACAAGCCACACAAUAAUAUACAUCUGCAGCUUCACAGGU